ACGGAUUGUGAUCGGCCGUGCACCGUGAACGAUGCUCCUCGAGUUUGUUACUUCCGGUGGAUUGCGGAGCAGUACGCUGCCAUGGGAUCGGCUUGUGGCGAUUGUCGGUGGGGAAACCGGAGUCACUGCUUUCAUCCGCAGUGCAUCACGGCCGACGGAAUGGAGCGUGGAGUGGUGUCACUGAAUCGUCGCAUUCCGGGACCAACGGUCCACGUGUGUCGGCACGAUAUCGUGGUGGUGGAUCUGGUGAACCACAUGGACGGGCUCGACACGACGAUCCACUGGCACGGGCUGCAUCAAUCCGAGACUCCCUGGAUGGACGGAGUGCCGAUGAUUACACAGUGUCCGAUUCCGCACGGCACCACCUUUCGGUACGUCUUCAAUGCGUCCCACGUCGGCACCCAGUUCUAUCACUCGCACUCCGGCCACCAGAAAGCCAACGGACUCUACGGGUUGCUGGUGGUGCGUUCGCCCACCGACCUCAACCGACGGCUGUAUGACUUCGAUCUGAGCGAACACCGCAUGAUAAUCUCCGACUGGACACUGGAUCUGGCGGAAAAGUUUGUCCCGGGACUGCAGAGCAGCACGGUGCGCAUGGACUCGAUUCUCAUCAACGGCCGCGGCCGGCAUUUCGAUGAAGAGGAGCAGAAACUCCAGGACCAGGCCCCGCUGGCGGUUUACCGGGUCACGAAGGGGUUCCGGUAUCGGUUCCGGUUAGUUAGCAGCGGCAGCCAGUUCUGUCCCUUCCAGCUUCAGAUUGAAGGUCACCGAAUGCUUCUCAUUUCGACCGAUGGUGGCGCUCUGCAACCGCUGACGGUGGACACACUGAUCUCGACGUCCGGCGAGCGGUACGACUUUGUGCUCACCGCCGACCAGAAACCAGGCAACUAUUGGGUGCGUGUUCGAGCCAUCGGUUUCUGCAACGUCGAGCGGCGGGAAGAGUUCGCCAUUCUGUCGUACGCGGACGCCGAGAGCGUGUCGGAUGAGGAAUUAGCAUUCCCCGCCAAUAAACCGCCUACGUGGGACCAGCGGUUCCCGUCGGGAACGGUUCUCAACAAUCCGAACGCCACGUGCUAUCUGGCGGGCGAUAGCGAUCGGUGCGUGGCGGACUUGGAGGCGUACGAGGAGCAACGGGACGACCGACUCAUCGAUGCCGAGCCCGACAAGCGGUUCCAGGUGCUCUUCAAUACGUUCACCGCCGACCCCGGCAUACUGUUCUCGGACCAGGGCUACGUCCGAUACAUGACGGUGCUGCUCACGCUAAACAACAUCGGUGUCACGAACAACAUCAGCAUGGUGUUUCCCGAUUUUCCGCUGCUCACGCAACCGGAGCUGAUUGCCGGCGACAAGCUGUUCUGCAAUGACACCCACAAGCCGGACCGUUGCCGGCCGAACCUGGCCUGCUUCUGCCUGCACCGCCUGAAGGUGGAUCUCAACGAUGUGGUGGAGAUGUCGCUGAUCGACGACUCGAAAGUCAUCCGAGACCUGUACCAUCCGUUCCACUUGCACGGGCACCGCUUCGUCGUUACCGGCAUGGGCCAGUUGCCGCUGUUCCGGACGGCCGAUGAAAAAGUCGACUUUGUCAAUCGACGCGACCACCGUCCGCGCGGACGGAUGCCCUCCGAUCACAACCCCCCGUACAAGGACACCGUGUCGGUGCCGUCCCGCGGCUACACCAAGAUCCGCUUCCGGGCGGACAAUCCGGGCUUUUGGCUGGUGCACUGUCACUUCGAAUGGCACCUCGGAAUCGGGAUGAGCUUCGUGCUGCAGGUCGGCGAGAUCGAGCAGAUGAAAAAGGCCCCGGCGGACUUCCCGCGCUGCGGAAGCUACAAACCGGACGUACUAGCCCACGGACACUCUGCGCUGUGA